GUUAUAGAGUCGAUUGAUUGAGUAUAUGCAGAACAAUAGCAUGAAUCCCAUUUCAAUGGAAGACCUUUUAACUGAAAAAGACGGCUCACUUCCCAAAGCCGUAAUCAUUCAAGGGGUCCAAGGAAUAGGCAAGUCGACUUUUGCUUGGAAGUUUUGUAGAAAAUGGGCCAAAGGAAAAAUCUAUCAGCAGUAUGACCUGGUUGUUUUGUUGCGCAUGCGUGAUACAAGAGUGAGAAAAGCAACCAAACUUGGCAAUCUCUUCUUUUCAGAAGAUGCCUGUUUUUUUAAGAAAGUAGCAAUGCAAGCAGUUUCUAACGGUGGAAAGGGCAUUCUUAUCCUGAUGGAAGGAAUAGACGAACUUCCUGCUUCUUGUUUAGCUGAUGGCAUGCCUCUUUCUAACUUGCUUCAAGGUGAAUCUCUUCCAGAAGUUACCAUCAUAGUAACCAGUAGACCCUGGGCUGUGCAGACACUUGAGGAAGAGUGUGGGGAUCAGAUUUCUCGACAGGUGGAAAUCUUGGGCUUCACAAGAGAAGACAUCUUGAGGUACGUUUCGCAUGCUUUUACUGGGGAGGAAAAGACAGAGUUCUUAGAGUACCUCCGCUCCCACCCUCAGCUGGAGUCCAUCAUGCACAUCCCACUGAAUGCCGCCUUUGUUGUUCAGAUCUACAAACAAUUUCGUCGUUCUCAGCAAGCUAUUCCUAGCACUUUGACCCAGCUCUACACAGCUCUUGUUGAGGGUCUCUUGCUCCGCUAUACCAAGUCAAUUCCUGAGUUUUGUGCUCUCAAAUUUAUCUGUCUUUCAAGCUUACCAGAACCAAUACAAACAUAUUUCCAUCAGCUUUGCUUACUAGCUUUCAUGAGUUUUACCAAGUUGACUUUUCAAGUCACUUUCACCGAUUCAGAGGCAGCCUUGUACGAGUGUUUUGAUUUCCUGGGUCUCAUGCAGUCCUCAACUGAACUCUCAAUAAACACUAGUACCACUGUAUCCCACAGCUUUCUGCAUUUCACCAUCCAGGAGUUCCUAGCAGCUUACCAUCUCUCUAAACAGCCGUCCCAAGUGCAAGAGCUGUUUUUGGAAGUUCACAGCAAAGAUCCACAAUUUUCAAUGCUUAUCACAUUUCUGGUUGGAUUGAACAGCAGCGUUCUGCAUUAUUUUACGCUACCAUAUACAGAUUCAGAGUGUCAAGAUUUGUCCACAUUUCACUUGCACUUGUUGUAUGAAACACAAUCACCUAAGGAUGUAUGCAAGUUCUUAGGAAGUAAGACCGUGAGGCAUUGUCCUACCCUAACAAGUACAUCACUUGACCUACAUGCAUUAUCAUAUUGUCUUUGCUCCAGCGAUUGCAAUUGGUAUCUAAUAAUCAGUCUGCGAAACUUAUCAACACUAUGUUCAAUGUCGAUGAUUUUUGUGAGGGGCACAUAAUGGGCCUGGUAAUUAGAGAUGCCUCUGCACGUAACCUUCAAUUAUUCUUUUCUCUUCCCAAGCGUCUCUUUUCAAACUUGUAUGAAUUAGAAGUUAGAGAUUGUGAACCUGUUGGUUCUGUUGUAGACAUCUUAAAUGACGGCCAGUUAACGAACUUGAAACAAUUUUGCUUUGUGAGCAAACGUGUACAUGCAUCAUUAACAUUGAUGUUUGAAAGUCUAAUCACUUCUCACCCAAAACUUGUUCACAUUGGAAUCGAAAGCACUGUAAUCUCCUCUUCUGAUAUGGUAGGAUUAUGCAAAUACAUGACUUCUCGCUCUGGCUCACCUGAGCUUACAGUAGCUCUUAUGCAAAACAGUAUUAAAUACGAGUCCUUUCGUUUACUGAUUAGUACUGUUGCAUUUUCAAAGGUUCUUACCCAUUUGGAUAUUUCUUUAAACAAUCUCUCAAUAGAAAUAUUAGAAAUGCUGUCAGUUGCUCUUUCUGCUAAUUUAUCUUUGAAAACAUUAGGAGUGUAUGAUUGUUCAAUCCAUGGUGAAGGAGCUGAAUUACUAUCCAAUGGACUGGAGUUGAAUCAAAGCCUCCUCGGAUUGGAUCUUAGCCGUAAUCACAUAAAUAUGAAUGGAGCGGCUGCCCUGGCUUCAAUGCUUACUGUGAACACUUCACUAAAAAUUCUUCGCCUUUCACACAAUAAACAAAUUGGUCAUGUGGGAGCUCUAAGACUGAUCAGUGCACUGCAAGAUGACAACAAGACUCUUGAAACACUUAGCCUCCCUGCAGAAUGUGAGCCAAUUGAAUAUGGAUCAAUCUUAAUGGAUGAUACGAAAUAGUGGUCGUAUAAAAUUUAUCGAUAAUACAAGUUCAACAUCGAACACAAUAGCACACAAUUUUACAUCAUUAGACAUAUGGCCUUAUCUAUAGUGAACACUCUAUUCCACUUUUAUCAUCAUGUUUAAAAUCCUCGUGCAUGUAAUCGAUUAUAUUUCCUAUUUUGUAUAUAAAUUAUGGAGGGCCCAUUUGGGUCAAAAAUAA